AUGGCGUCGGCAGGCGCAUCUCCUUCGUCGCUGGUUGCCGAAGAUGAACGGGUCGCCGACGAUGCCAAGGAGGGAGAACAGAGAGAGGAUGAUGAAAAAUGCACGGAGCUUGUACAAUCUAUCAACAACAGAACUUGUACUGGUGAACCUGAUUUCACCGGGUCACGAGCUCCAUCUUCUUUACACUCGUCGCUGUCGAUAUUCAGCUCCCGUUUCUGCAGCAAUUUGGAUGACAAAACAACUCAUUUGACAACCAAUGCCCCUGGAAAAGACAUAUCUACUUUGAUACAAUGUGGUAGGAAGAAUACAAGAGUAGACAGGAAGUUUUCAGCCAGGAGAAUAAAAAAGGGUGGUUUAUCUUUGAGACAAACACCAUUUCAAGCUUCAUUCCAUCUUUCAGUAAAAGUUGUUGAGCAAUCCCUAUCAAAUGGUGAACGAAAGAGAAAUCUCUCUCCAACUCCUUCGCCUCAUCAUUUUGAAGAUGAUUUAUCAGGCCGUUUAACAAAGAAGAGUGCUGCUUGUGUCCAACCUUCACAGAAUAUGAGGUACAAUAAUGGAAAGAGUAUCGUUUUAGAGGAUGAGGAGGAACCUGAGGUUCCAGAGAAAGCAAGAAAAACUGACCAAGUGUAUGAUCCUGAAUCAGUUGAAUUCUAUUACUCGGACAUGGAAUGUUUAGCUCCUCAGUCGUACUUGUCAUCAGACAUAAUGAAUUAUUACAUUCGGUAUCUGCAGAAGCCAGCAUCUUCGACAGACACAGAAAGACACAAGUAUCAUUUUUUUAACACAUAUUUUUACGAGAAGUUGAAACAGGAUGUUCUAAGAAAGAACGAGCUGGAGACUUCAUUUCUGAAGUUCAGAAGAUGGUGGAAAGGCGUCAAUAUAUUUGAGAAAGCAUAUAUUUUCCUACCAAUUCAUGAAGAUCUACACUGGAGUUUGGUCAUAAUUUGUAUUCCAGAUAAGGAAGAUGAAUCAGGACCAAUUUUACUUCAUCUGGACUCUUUAAAACUUCACUCCAGCAAGUCAAUUUUUAAUAAUAUAAGGAGCUUUCUAAUAGAAGAGUGGAAAUUUUUGAGACAAGGAGAAUCUAAGUCCCAGCUUCUGAUCGCAGACAAAAUAUGGCAGAAACUUUCUCGAAGAAUUGAUGAAAAAAUAAUUGAGGUACCGCAACAACAAAAUGACUACGACUGUGGUCUCUUUGUUCUUUACUUCAUGGAACGCUUCCUUGAAGACGCCCCUGAGAGGCUGAAGAAGAAAGACUUGACCAUGUUUGGCAGACGGUGGUUCAAACCGCAAGAGGCUUCUAGUCUGAGACGAAAAAUUAGGAUUUUACUUAAAGAGGAGUUGAAGAAUGCAAAUGCGGGUAAAUCUGUUUUGAAUCCCGAGGUUCCGUCUUAA